AUGGGCAGUUCUUCACUAGGCUUUGAAAUAUUGCUUUAUUUAAAUUCAUAUUAUUUUUGCAUAUUUAUAAUCGCUGAAAUUUGCAUUGGCAUAUUUAAAAUAAUUAAUCUUCCAUAUCCUACAGGUGUUUUAAUGUCAGAAUCAUUAAUAAUGAUAUUUUUAAGUUGUACCGAAACGAUUAGAAUAUUUAUGGGACAUAAAGGAAAUUUAACAGAACAAUCAUUAGGGGUUUUAAUUUCAAUUUUAUUGACAAUACCUUCAGUUUUGGGAAUUCUUUAUUUUCUUCUCUGGCAAACCUACGUACUAAGAAUCGAAAGUAUAUUAUGCGGCAUACAAUUGUCUCUGCAAGGAAUAGAAUUUUGCUUUGCUAUUAUUUGUCUUUUAAGAUUUUGUAAAGCUGGAGUCUAUUAA